AUGGCAGAGAGCGCGAAGCAGUUGGUUCUGGGCUACACUGAUGUACAUCCCUUCUCGAAAGUCAAUAUAACGGAUAGGGCAAGUGUUCAGGAACUCCUAAAGACGAUCUUGGAUCCACUGAAGCCUCAUUUCUCGCCUCUGAAAUCACGGAUUCGCGUUCCUGGCAACACAGCAGUCAGAUUUGACAACACGGCUGCAGAAAUUGAAGGGAUAUGUCGUCCCAUGUGGGGUCUGGCGGGGUUACUUGGAGGCGGAGGAGAGUAUGAGGGAACUUCGUGGUUCAUUGAGGGACUCAAAGCUGGGACAGACCCCCAAAGCCCCGAAUUCUGGGGAUGGCCACGAGACAACGAUCAACGAAUGGUAGAAAUGUGCCCCCUGGGUUUCACGCUCGCGGUUGUCCCAGUAUUCUGGGAAUCGUUGUCCGAAAAGGAAAGAGCGAAUGUCGAGGCGUGGUUGGGAAACUCAAUCAACCAGAAAAACAUGCCUAAUACAAAUUGGCUCUGGUUUCGGGUCUUCGGAAACCUUGGGCUGAAAAAAAGUGGUGGAAAGUAUUCACAAGAAAAGAUUGAACAGGACAUCAUACAUCUCAACUCAUUCUUCCGAGGAGAUGGCUGGUCCAAUGAUGGGCCUGAAGGAAUCUGGCAGCAAGAUUACUAUAGCGGAAGUUUUGCCAUCCAAUUUUUGCAGCUACUCUACGCCAAACUCGCCGGAAACGACGAUCACGCGAAAGCUGCAGAAUUCAAAAAAAGGGCUCAGGACUAUGCUCUUGAUUUCAUUCAUUACUUCGACGAGGAAGGUAGAGCUACUCCAUUCGGACGUAGCGUUGGUUACCGUUUCGCAAUGGCGGGGUUCUGGGGCGCUCUUGCCUAUGCAGAUGUGGAAUUACCUGCUCCAUUGACUUGGGGCGUAGUCAAAGGUCUUCUCUUGAGAAACUUGCGAUGGUGGCAGACCCAGGAACAAAUCUGGAGUCCCACUGGAACCCUGACGAUCGGAUACAGCUACCCAAAUAUGUAUAUGGCCGAGAACUACAACUCUCCACAAAGUCCGAUGUGGGCAUGUCUGGCAUUCAUAUGUCUAGCUGUUCCACAAGAUCACCCCUUCUGGACGUCAAAGGAAGAGCCGUACCCAACGAAUCUCCUUCCGAAAGUGAAGGCACUGAAACACCCCGGUCACAUCAUCAGCUAUCUCGGUGGUCAUCGAAUGAUACUCUCGUCUGGUCAGGCAUGCAGCUACCCGAUGAAGGGAACCCACGCAAAGUACGGUUCUUUUGCAUACAGCAGUGCAUAUGGAUACUCUGUCCCAACCGGAUGUUUCACACUCGAGCAAUUCGCGCUGGCAUCUCAGCUUGGCUUGUCAGACGACGGUGGUGAGUUCUGGAAAGCCCGCCGACUCUGUGAGGAAGCGGUUAUCGAGACACACGAAGAUCAGCCGGUCCUGAAAUCCAUUUGGAAGCCGUAUCCUGAUGUCAGAAUCAAGACAUAUCUCAUUCCACCGGUGGAGGCAACUCCGAAUUGGCACUUACGAGUUCACAAGAUUCAAGCUGGUCGUGAAGUGAUGACUGCAGAUGGGUCUUUUGCAAUUUGUAACGAAAGGAAGCUGGACGGGAGAUAUCUAGAUCUGUACGAUGCCAAGAAAGGGGAAGGAACUCUACCAAAAAUUAUAGGCAACUAUGAUUUGAACACUCCUGAGGGUAGCUCACCAGGUUCCGUGGGUUCCUUUGUAGUGUCCAAGGGAGCUGUGGGAAUCGCAAGUCUCGAAGCUGGUGCACAGCGUACGGCAAUGCUUGUCAAUGCUGACCCCAACUCGAAUCUCGUUGAGAGUAGGACAGUUAUUCCAACGCUGCAACACACUAUCAAAAGGGGGCAUACAGUCUGGUAUGUGACUGCAGUCUAUGCAAAGCCCUCGGGAGAAGGUAUCUCGCCUCAGAGCUAUCUCGAUGGUUGGGAAAUUAAACCUGUCAUCCCAACAUGGCUGAAGGAUGUUAUGACAGAGUGGUGA